GAACCUUUGGCAGAUCUAUCUAAGCUGCUUAACCAGGUCGAAACAAACCUUAUAAAACCCCACAAGCUUGAUACUCCUUCGAUUAAAUUUGUUUUGCCUACAAGGAGUAAGGAAUCUUUCUGUACUCACAAAGUGCGCAAAAGCAAAGUUAGAAAGGUCUUGUUGGAGUAGUUUUGUGCCAUCUGUUCAACAUGAAGCUCCUCCUUAUAGCCGUCGUGGUCUUUCUCCUCUGUGGAAUCAUGCUGCCAACUUCAUUCGCAGAAUCCGCUGUGGAAAGGCUUCGCAGAAUGAGAUGCAGGAAUGCCUGGAACUGUAAAAGGUGUUACGAAAUCAAACGUCAAGGAAGAUGCAAUGGGCCAUAUAAGAUGGGCGUUUGUUAUAAGACUUGUACAGGAUGUGGUGGAUACAUUGAUACGCCUGAGUACGACUGUCCAUCUAUCUUCAAACAAGGGAAGUGCUUCAGCAACACGAUAAACAACCCUUACAUAGUGUAUGCACAGCGCUGCGAGGUAUCCUGUUGCCAAGCGUAUCCCUUGGAUAUCCCAACAAAAGCUCCAUCAAUCAUAUCCAAACUAACCAAGCCCACCACAGCUCCGCUCCCCAAAAUCAUUUGGAACCAGUGGAGCUCGUGGAAUUCGUGCUCAAAGACAUGCCACAUCGGCUAUCAGAAGAGAAACAGAACCUGUUCAUUUUCGUCAGAUCCUAAAGUUAAUUGCAACAGACCACAGAUCCAGUAUCGAUACUGCAACAAUAAUAUAUCUUGUCAAGUCGCUGGAGGAUUUAGCGAAUGGUCCAAGUGGAGUGUCUGUCCUUUCACGUGCGGCGUCAUAGGAAAGCAAACUAGAACGCGCACGUGUACCAACCCGCCUCCACAGAAUGGAGGACCAGACUGCGUUGGACCAUCAUCAGAAACUAAGGAAUGCAACCUGGGAUGUUGUCCAGAAGCGGGUGACUGGAGUCAAUGGUCAGCCUGGAGCUCGUGCAGCAAGACCUGUUGCUCAUCAAACGGUGACAAUGGAAUAAGAAAAAGGACAAGAUCUUGUACAAAUCCCGCUCCGUUUUGUGGAGCAGGGCCAUGCAUUGGUUCAUACCGUGAAACGAAGCCAUGCCUUCCAUUACCGCCUUGUGUUAAUCCAACAACGAUACCCUCCCCUUAUUGGAGUAGCUGGGGACCUUGGGGACCAUGCUCUGCUACUUGUUAUGUAGGCUACCGUGAAAGACGACGUGCAUGCAUUGGUUACCAAGGAUACAACAAAUACUGUCAUGGAAGAUUUACUCAAUUUGAGUCUUGCAAUACUCACAUCUUAUGCUAAGGUCCAUUGUCCCUAUACUUGUUUAAUUAAUUUAGCUUCUGUUUGGAUGUAUGUUUUUUAUUAGAAAAUAAACAAACAAUAAAAUGUAAAAAACAGAA